CGCUUACAAAAUGAAAUCAAUUUAUCGAUUAUUCUCGAUAAUCGGGUGAGUUAUUGGAUAAAUAUGAUAGGCUCGUACUGCGAAUGCACUAUAGGAAAAAAACCCGAAAUUUUGGCAUAAAUACAAUUUUUUUUUUUAUCAAUUUUUAACCUUUUUUUUUAUUUUCCAAUAAUAAAUAUCUUAACUAAUAUAAAAUGAAUUUUUUAAAAAUUUUAUGGACUGCCCCUACUAUAUAACGCGGGGCUGCAAGUCAGCUGACCCAGAGUUGCUUUGUAUGCAAAAAAAGGGCGGGAAAAAUUGUGCAACUUUGAAGUUUAGUACUGCGGUAAAUAAAAAUAAAAUUUAUAACUUUAAAAAUGGAAAACAUUACUGAUGCUAAAAAAUAACAAAAUAGUUCGUGUUUCGUGGAACAUAACUUACAAAUAGAGGAGACUAGUGAUGAAGUUUAAUUGCAAACGUGUUGUCUGAAACUUCUAUUAUUAGAGACUUUUAACCGUUUUUGCUCCUUUUUGCUCCAUUUCGAAAAAAUAACGUUUUUAUAGCUAAGUAUGAGUUUACGCGCUCAGAGCUUCUAGACGUAUGGGCAAGCAACAAUCGCCAAGCAGACGCGGUGAAAUUGUUUAUGAUUGAAAAAAUUAAUAAUAAUGUGGAUGAAAAUGUAGAAAACAGUAUUUCUACCCAAGUAGCCCAGUUUAUUGCUUUUGUUAAAAGAUAUUUGCCCAGAUGGAACCGUAAUCUGCAUAGAUUCAAAGCAACACAUUCACGGUGGGUCGAGGGCAAAAUAUUUAUCAACUUAAAAGAAGUUAAGUCCUCGCAAGAUAAAGCUGGCCGUAAAGAACUUACUUAUGAAGAAGCAGGCAGUCGGCUGAAGAGAAAAUUAGCUUCUGAUCUUGCAAGUCAAGAAGAACACACAACCCAACUGUUUAUACAUGCUGCAUCGGUUUCAGCAAAAAAAUGCAAAGAAAAUGAUAUGGCAUUCGUUCUACGAAAAACAAUGCACAGUGAGAAUGCGAGUGAGAUAAGAAAGAAAAUAGAAGGAAAUUUACCAACUUCUAUAGAACCAUCUGAAGCAUUGGCUUUUCUUAUUGAAAACGGGUUAACAAAAGAGCAGUAUGGUAACAUUAAGUUGAUCUGUAAACAACACGGAUGUGAUAUUUUCCCAUCUUAUUUGGAAGUAGUGAAAGCUAAGUUGAAAUGCAGGCCAAAUGGAAUAUCAAUUUGUGAAAAAAAAGCGGAAGUGCCUUUGCAGAGCUUACUAAAUCAUACAGCAGAUCGGAUUCUAAAGCUGCAAGAGGAUGUUUUAGAAGUAGUUCCAAAUGCAACGCACUAUAAAUUAAUAGUGAGCUACGGUUUCGAUGGAUCAACUGGGCAAAGCAGUUAUAAGCAAUAUUUUCAGAGUGAUGAGUACAAUACAAUGGAUCAUUCCCUUUUUGUUUCCACAAUAAUUCCCCUAAGAUUGACGGAUGAACAUAACCGAAUAAUUUGGCUCAAUAGAACACCGCAGUCAAUUAGAUUUUGUCGACCUUUGAAAAUCGAAUUUGUUAAGGAAACCACAGCCGUUAUAUUGAAUGAAAAAAAAUAUUGGGAGGAGCAAAUAAGAGGUCUUAGUGAGCAUAAAUAUAUAUAUAAUAACAACGCAAUAUAUAUCCAGUAUGAUAUGCAUCUGCCCUUAUUGACGGAAAGGUUUUGA